UUCACACCCAGUAGGCUGGCCUCUUCUAGGCACAAGAGAAACAAAACAAGUGGAAAAUGACAAAUUUGGGCGAGGGUGUGGAAGAACUGGGACCCUCGCACAGUGCUACUGGGACUGGAAAGUGGUACAGCUGCCGUGGGAAUCCGUUGGGCAGCUCCUCAGUAAGUUACACAUAGAAUGACCAUAGGAAGGACCCCGCAAUCCCACUCCUAGAUCUAUACCCGAAGGCAUUGGAAAGGGUGCUCCAACAGAUCCCUGUACGGGAACGUCCACCGCAGCGCUCUUCCUUCCCAUCUGCCCCAAGGUGAAGGUGGAAAGCACCGCAAGGCCUGUCCACUGACGCACGGGAGGCACAACACGUGGUCUAUCCAUGCCGUGGGAUAUUAUUCGGCCAUCCAUCAAAAGACACGAAGUGCUGAUUCAGGCUACCAGGUGGAGGAACCCUCAUGAAAACACGGGUGCUAAGUGAAAGCAGCCCGACCCCAAAAGCCACCGAUUGGUCUUACGAUCCCAUCUCUAGUGUGUCCCCGGACCAAUGAAAGGGGUCGGUCCGUGAUCGCUAGGAGACGGCGGCGUCGGGGCCCGAGUACCCGCCGGUUGGAGAAGUUGGGCCCAGCUGGCGCACCGCACCGCACCGCACCGCACCGCACCGCACCGCACCGCCGAGCUAGGCCCGUCGGAGAAAGCGCAGUUCAAGGCCCAGCAUGCCGGGGAAAAGGAGCCGUCGAGCGUCGUCCAGUGGCCGGAGGCGGACCCGCUCCCGCACUGCCCGAGCCGAGCUGUCGUUCUCCGUGAGCCUCAUGGAGCGUCUCCUGAGAGAGGGCCACUACGCCCGGCGCCUGGGCUCGUCCGCACCGGUCUUCCUAGCGGCCGUCAUCCAGUACCUGACGGCCAUGGUCCUGGAGCUGGCAGGCAACGAGGCCCAGAACAGCGGCAGGAGCCGCAUCACCCCGGAGCUCGUGGACAUGGCCAUCCACAACAACGCGCUGCUCAGCGGCUUCCUCGGGACUACGACCAUCUCCCAGGUGGCCCCGGACUGGGACUAGCUGCCCAACGUGACCCGGGUUCUCGGGCCUCGGCCGGCCAGUCAGGCCUGCUCACCGCCCGGGCAGCCCCGGCCUGGCUGGUGCCUUGGGCAAAGUCCUGGACAGUCCAGAAAAGUGGGGCAAGGAACCCACGUGUCGAAGCAAUAAAA